AGAGAGGAAAGUCGCUGCCACGGAGAUCCUUAGGUCCUGCCUUCACUCUCAGUCCCUGCUGCCCUAGUACUGUGCAAAGGUCCCAGCCAGCGAGCACUGAGCCUCACUCAGAUGGAUUUUGGAAGUGUUGCAGAUAAGGAGAACGCAAAUGCUCUGAUGGAGCAAGCGCAGCAUCUUGCUAACAAAAAUGUGCAGCUGCAGGAUAGGAAUGAAAGGCUCUAUGCAGGAUUUGGAGAUGUGCAGGAGAGGAUGGGGAGGCUGGCUGGCUCCAAACCAGAUUUGUCACCCAGAACGAUCUUCAGUGAAGAGGAAAAACUGAAGAUUUCCAAAGAACUUGUUGAUCUCCAAAUUGAGACAAACAAAAUGAAGGAGCAGUAUGAAACGGAGAAAUUCGAGCUGAAAAAUAUGAUCCUGGCCCUGGAGAACCGUGUGCUGGAGCUGGAGCUUCGCAGCGAGAAAGUCAGCAGGGAGAGGGAUGCCUUACGGGACCAGCUGCAUGCUCUGGAGACCAGCAGGAAGGAGCUGGCAGAUGAGUACAUCAUUUUGAAAAGUAAUUACCUGGCACUAGGCAAAGAACUCGACCAGGAGGUCUUAAAGAAUGAAGAGCUCAGCCUAGAGCUGCUCAGCCUGACCAAUGCCAGGAGCACAGAGAGCAACCACCACCACUCCCAUGCCUCGGCCACCGAGCCUGCUGCUGAGCCAGACAGAGUGCGAGUAACACUGCAUCAUCCCCCUGCUCAGAAGGUGAAGCCAGAAGUCGUGGCUGCCCCUGAACAUGAGUGGCAAAAGCCAGGCAGAAAUUUGCUUGGAAACCAGGAUCACAUAAAAGAGGAGAUUGAAAAACUGAAGCAAACCUACGAUUCGCAGCAGCAGAAGCUGGAAGAGAAAGUGAUCGCAAUGGGGAAGGAGCUGCAGGAGGCGAAGAAAGCAGUCUGUGACCCCCAGCAGAAACUGGCAGAGCAGUCAGCAGUGCUGCUGGCCUGUCAGAGCCAACUCCAGGAGGUGGAGGCAGAGAACUCCCGGCUGCAGCUGCGGCUAAAGGAGCUGAGCGAGGAGUACCGUUGCCGGCUCACGCAGUACAUCAGGGACGUGGCGGAGUACAUGGACAGCAAACCUAGCACCCGAACCGGGCCUGGCAAGGCCCCAGCUGAGCAUGCAGACAUGAAGCGCUUUGUGGACAACAUGCUGAAGGACAUCAGGGCUUCCUACAAGGCUCGGGAGGAGCAGCUGGCUGGAGCAGCACGCAGCUACAAGAAACGCAUGAAAAGCUUGGCCAAGAAGCAUGAGAACCUGCUGAUUGCAUACAGCGUGCAGCGAGAGAAGAUCCUCUCCCUGGGCAGCAGUGAGAUGGAUUCUGGCCCUGCUGAGCUCCACUUUGCCAUCACAGACCCAGAGCUGCUGACAAACACAACCCAGGAGCUAAACCGGCUGCGGGAGAACAAAGCCAAACUGGAGAUGCAAUUACACGAAUUGCAGAAGAAAAGACUGAAAGAAACCUCUGGUUUUCAGCUGUCUCCUGACCAACAGUAAUAAAUAGGGAGAAAGAGAGCUGAUAGGAACUCAUCUGAGAAGAAAAGCCAGCUGUCGUCUCAGCUCAGCACUUCCUGUGGUGAAAUGAGUUGGUCAUUUGGGCUUUGAUCCAAGAAAGCUCUUAAGCACAUGUUUGAUUUAAUCAUGUUUUUAGUCCCACUGAUCUCUUUAGAAGCUGGAGUUAAGCAUACGGCUGAGUGCGUUGGUGGACCACAACCUGAGAAAGCCCAGUGAAACAACCCCAGCCUGGAGUGGCCUUCUUUCUCCUCCCUCCCAACACAGAAGCUGGGCAGCAACACUCAGGUGGCCCUGUAAUGGCACUACCCUGGCUUGCAGAUAGGCCACUUUUUUGGCUCAUUUUGAUCUGUCUCUUCCCCCUGCUUCAUUCUUCUAUUGAAAUUCUACCAGCUGUAGCCAUGCAGAGGUAGAACAAAGCAUCAGAAAAAUCCGAGCUGGGGUUUUUCUGCCUUAUAAAAUGUGGUGGCCUAGAGAAUGUGCCAGGUAUUUCGUUAACUGGAUUCCAGCACAGAAGAGCUGGCCAAUGCCUGAGCCAUUGGGCUCCAGAGGAGUGCCUUGGAGAAGAGCUUGAGCCUUACCAGACUCUGCCAUGUCUUCCACAUAGAAAAAUAAUGCUAAUCCUUGAACAGAUGCACCCCAGAAGCAAGGCAGAGAAGUACCAGAGCAUGGUGAUGUAUCUUGCUAAGGUUUUUAUAGCUGUGAAGAAGCCCUAUACACUUCAGAACAUUUGUGUCCUGUGUGCUGGUAGUUUUUACCCUUGAUAUCACCUUGCUGCUCUCAUCAGAGACACAAAGCCUGGUGUCACCACAGCACUGCAGCUCUAAUUACCACCGGGUUUCUCAUCUUUAUCAUUGUGGGUUCACUGUUUAUUGUUCUCUUAACUUCUGCUCCCAUGAAACUCCAGCCAUGCUUUUCAUGUGCCUGGGCUGAGUUGCAGCCACCAGAGGGAACUCGCACGGCCGCAGCGGAGCCGCUCUGCAGGCUGCAGCACUCGAACACAAUGCAUUCCUCAGUUCAUACAACCAAAAUUCCCUGAGCAUCAGAUGUGACCUGUAUUUUGCUUAUUCAGACUGGGACAGAAUAGGAAGAACUUUCCCACGGCUGGGCUGCACAGACAGCUCACCUAUCGCACUCGGCGCUCCGAGCGAGCGGCUCUAUGCUCACAGACAUGAAAAGCGCCAGCGUUUGGCAUUGAUCAUACCCAGCUCUCUAUUUCCAUAAAGUUCAGUCUUGCAGUGUCAGGUUAAUGACUCUUUCUGCUUGGAGUCCUCUGAUGUAUGGGUGUUGAUGUGAGCUUGGAACAAAUCCAGCCAUCCCAGCGGGAAUGCCAGGUUGGCAGAAGGGCUGUGACUCUCAUGCCUGGGCACGGGGACAGCACUGUGUGCCCUGAAGAGGUUGGGGGCAUCGGGAUAGGAAAGGUUCCAAGCUCUGUGCUUUAUGCUCUGAUG